UUCUUUAACGAUGAUUGAAUCCAUUAAGCACCGAUUUGGGCGGAUUUAUUCCGGGCCAAUUUUUGGCAGAUUCCAAAGGGGUACCAUCACAGAUUUCAGGCGAUUUAUCUGAAAUGCCAUUUUCUUUCGGUUUAGGAAGCUACAGAACACUGAAUGAGGUCGAGGCUAUUCUCCACCGAUAAUGAAGUCAAUUGAUCCUAUUCUCCACGUAUGAUAAGUCCAUUAAGCACAAAUUUGGCCAAUUUAUUUUCAGUUGGCAUUUUCGUAAUUAUUUGGACAACGAAAUGCCAUUUUCUUUUGAUAUUGAAGGCUACAGAUCACGGAUUCGACCUGAGGCUAUUCUCCAACGAUGAUUUAGUCCAAAUAGCAUUGAUUUGGGCGGAUUUGUUCCGGGUCAAUUUUUGGCAGAUUCCAAAGGGUACCAUCACAGAUUUCGGAAACAGGCCAAGGCUAUUCUCCACCAAUAAUGAAGUCUAUUGAUCCUAUUCUUCACGGAUGAUAAGUCCAUUAAGCACCGAGUUGGACCAAUUUAUUUUCGCUGGACAUUUUCGUAAUUUUUUGGGCGACGAAAUGCCAUUUUCUUUUGAUAUUGAAGGCUAUAGAUCACGAAUUCGGCCUGUGGCUAUUCUUUAACGAUGAUUGAAUCCAUUAAGCAUCGAUUUGGGCGGAUUUAUUCUGGGUCAAUUUUUGGCAGAGUCCAAAGGGGUACCAUCACAGAUUUCAGGCGAUUUAUCCGAAAUGCCAUUUUCUUUCGAUUUAGGAAGCUACAUAACACGGAAUUAGGUCGAGGAUAUUCUCCACCGAUAAUGAAGUCUAUUGAUCCUAUUCUUCACGGAUGAUAAGUCCAUUAAGCACCAAUUUGGGUCAAUUUAUUUUCGGAUGGCAUUUUCGUAAUAUUUUGGGUGACGAAAUGCCGUUUUCUUUUGAUAUUGAAGGCUACAGAUCACGGAUUCGGCCUGAGGCUAUUCUUUAACGAUGAUUGAGUCCAAUAAGCACUGAUUUGGGCGGAUUUAUUCCGGGUCAAUUUUUGGCAGAUUCCAAAAGGGUACCAUCACAGAUUUCGGGCGAUUUAUCCGAAAUUCCAUUUUCUUUCGAUUUAGGAAGCUACAUAACACACAAUCAGGUCGAGGCUAUUCUCCAUCGAUAAUGAAGUCUACUGAUUCUAUUCUCCACGGAUGAUAAGUCCAUUAAGCAAUGAUUUGGGCCAAUUUAUUUUCGAAUGGCAUUUUUGUAAUUUUUUGGGAGACAAAAGGCUAUUUUCUGUGGAUAUUGAAAGCUAUAGAUCACAUAUUCGCCCAGAGGCUAUUCUCAAACGAUGAUUGUGUCCAUUAAGCACCGAUUUGGGCUGAUUUAUUCCUGGUCAAUUUUUGGCAGAUUCCAAAGGGGUACCAUCACAGAUUUCAGGCAAUUUAUCCGAAAUACCAUUUUAUUUCGAUUCUAGAGGCUACAGAUCAUGGAAUCAGGCCGAGGAAAUUCACAACCGAUAAUGAAGUCUAUUGAUCCUAUUCUCCACGGAUGAUAAGUUCAUUAAGCACCAAUUUGGGCCAAUUUAUUUUCGGAUGGCAUUUUUCGAAAUUUUUUGGGCGACGAAAUGCCAUUUUCUUUUGAUAUUGAAGGAUACAGAUCACGGAUUCGGGCUGCAGCUAUUCUCCAACGAUGAAUGAGUCAAAUAAGCACAGAUUUGGGCGCAUUUAUUCCGGGUCAAUUUUUGGCAGAUACUAAAGGGGUACCAUCACGAAUUUCGGGCGAUUUUUCUGAAAUCCGAUUUUCUUUCGAUUCUGGGGGCUACAGAUCAGAGAAUAAGGUCGAGGCUAUUCUCCACCGAUAUUGAUGUCUAUUGAUCCUAUUCUCGUCACAUGAUAAGUCCAUUAAGCACCGAUUUUGGCCAAUUUUAUUCGAAUGGCAUUUUCGUAAUUUUUUGGGCGACGAAAGACCAUUUUCUUUGGAUAUUGAAGACUACAGAUCACGGAUUAUGCCUGAGGCUAUUCUCAAACGAUGAUAAGUCCAUUAAGCACCGAUUUGGGGCAAUUUAUUUUUGGAUGGCAUUUUCGUAAUUUUUUGGGCGACGAAAGACCAUUUUCUUUGGAUAUUGAAAGAUACAAAUCAUAGAUUCGGCCUGAGGCUAUUCUCCAACGAUGAUUAAGUUCAUUAAGCACCGAUUUGGGGGGAAUUAUUUCGGGUCAAUUUUUGGCAGAUUCCAAAGGGGUACCAUCACAGAUUUCAGGCAAUUUAUCCGAAAUGCCAUUUUAUUUCGAUUCGAGAGGCUACAGAUCACGGAAUCAGGCCGAGGCAAUUCCCAACCGAUAAUGAAGUCUAUUGAUCCUAUUCUCCACGGAUGAUAAGUCCAUUAAGCACCAAUUUGGGCCAAUUUUUUUUUUUUAUGGCAUUUUUCGUAAUUUUUUGGGCGACGAAAUGCCAUUUUCUUUUGAUAUUAAAGGCUACAUAUCACAGAUUCGGCCUGAGGCUAUUCUCCAAUGAUGAUUGAGUCAAAUAAGCACCGAUUUGGGCGGAUUUAUUCGCGUCAAUUUUUUGCAGAUUCUAAAGGGGUACCAUCACAGAAUUCGGGCGAUUUUUCCGAAAUGCAAUUUCUUUCAAUUCUGGAGGCUACAGAUCACAGAAUAAAGUCGAGGCUAUUCUCCACCGAUAAUGAUGUCUAUUGAUCCUAUUCUCCUCGCAUGAUUAGUCCAUUAAGCACCGAUUUUGGCCAAUUUUAUUCGAAUGGCAUUUUCGUAAUUUUUUGGGCGACGAAACACCCUUUUCUUUGGAUAUUGAAGACUACAGAUCACGGAUUAUGCCUGAGGCUAUUCUCCAACGAUGAUUGAGUCCAUUAACCACCGAUUUGGGCGAAAUUAUUCCGUGUCAAUUUUUAGCAUAUUCCAAAGGGGUACCAUCACAAAUUUCGGGCGAUUUAUCUGAAAUGCCAUUUUCUUUCGAUUGUGGAAGCUACAAAUCACAGAAACAGACCGAGGCUAUUCUCCACCGAUAAUGAUGUCUAUUGAUCCUAUUCUCCACAGAUGAUAAGUCUAUUAAGCACUGAUUUGAGCCAAUUUAUUUUUGGAUGACAUUUUCGUAUUUUUUUGGACGACGAAAUGCCAUUUUCUUUUGAUAUUGAAGGCUACAGAUCAAUAAUUCGGCCUGAGGCUAUUCUCUAAAGAUAAUUGAGUCCAUUAAGCGCCAAUUUUGGCAGAUUUAUUCCGGGUCAAUUUUUGGCAGAUUCCAAAGGGGUACCAUCACAUAUUUCAGGCGAUUUAUCUGAAAUGCCAUUUUCUUUCGAUUCUGGAGGAUACAGAACACGAAAUCAGGUCGAGGCUAUUCUCAACCGAUGAUGAAGUUUAUUGAUCCUAUUCUCCACUGAUGAUAAGUCCAUUAAGCACCGAUUUAGUCCAAUUUAUUUUUGGAUGGCAUUUUCGUAAUUUUUUAGGCGAUGAGAGGCCAUUUUCUUUGGAUAUGAAGGCUACAGAUCACGGAUUCAGCCUAAGACUAUUCUCCAACGAUGAUCGAGUCCAUUAAGCACCGAUUUGGACGGAUAUAUUCCGGUUCAAUUUUUGGCAGAUUGCAAAGGGGUACCAUCACAGAUUUCGGGCGAUUUAUCCGCAAUGCCAUUUUGUUUCGAUUCUGGAGGCUACAGAUCACGGAAUCAAGCAAAGGCUAUUCUCCACCGAUAAUGAAGUCUAUUGAUGUUUUUCUCCACGGAUGAUAAGUCCAUUAAGCACCGAUUUGGGCGAAUUUAUUUUCGGAUUGCAUUUUCGUAAUUCUUUGGGCAACGAAAUGCCAUUUCUUUUGAUAUUGAAGGCUACAGAUCGAUAAUUCGACCAGAGGCUAUUCUCUAACGAUAAUUGAGUCCAUUAAGUAUCGAUUUUGGCAAAUUUAUUACGUUUCAAUUUUUGGCAGAUUCCAAAGGGGUACCAUCACAUAUUUCAAGCGAUUUAUUCGAAUUGCCAUUUUCUUUCGAUUCUGGAGGCUACAGAACACGGAAUCCGGUCGAGGCUAUUCUCCACCGAUAAUGAAGUUUACUGAUCCUAUUCUCUACGGAUGAUAAGUCCAUUAAGCACCGAUUUAGUCCAAUUUAUUUUUGGAUGGCAUUUUCGUAAUUUUUUAGGCAAUGAGAGUCUAUUUUCUUUGGAUAUGAAGGCUACAGAUCACGGAUUCAUCCUGAGGCUAUUCUCCAACGAUGAUUGAGUCCAUUAAGCACUGAUUUGGACGUAUUUAUUCCGGGUCAAUUUUUGGCCGAUUCCAAAGGGGUACCAUCACAAAUUUCGGGCGAUUUAUCCGAAAUGCCAUUUUGUUUCGAUUCUGGAGGCUACAGAUCACGGAAUUAAGCCAAGGCUAUUCUCCACCGAUAAUGAAGUCUAUUGAUGUUAUUCUCCACGGAUGAUAAGUCCAUUAAGCACCGAUUUGGGCGAAUUUAUUUUCGGAUAGCAUUUUCGUAAUUUUUUGGGCGACGAAAUGCCAUUUCUUUUUAUAUUGAAGGCUACAGAUCAAUUAUUCGGCCUGAGGCUAUUCUCUAACGAUGAUUGAGUCCAUUAAGCACCGAUUUGUGCGGAUUUAUUCCGGUUUAAUUUUUGGCAGAUUCCAACGGGGUACCGUGACAGAUUUCAGGUGAUUUAUCUGAAAUUCUAUUUUCUUUCGAUUUUGGAGGCUAUAGAACACUGAAUCAGGUCGAGGCUAUUCUCCACCGAUAAUGAAGUCUAUUGAUCCUAUUCUCCACGGAUGAUAAGUCCAUUAAGCACCAAUUUGGGCCAAUUUAUUUACGGAUGGCAUUUUCAUAAUUUUUUGGGGGGACAAAAUGCCUUUUUCUUUUGAUAUUGAAUGCUACAGAUCACGGAUUCGGCCUGAGGCUAUUCUCCAACGAUGAUUGAGUCCAUAAGCACUGAUUUGGGCGGAUUUAUUCGGGGUCAAUUUUUGACAGAUUCCAAUUCGUUACCAUCACAGAUUUCGGGCGAUUUAUCUGAAAUGCCAUUUUCAUUCGAUUCUGGAGGCUACAGAACACGGAAUGAGGCCGAGGCUAUUCUCCACCGAUAGUGAAGUCUAUUGAUCCUAUUCUCCACGGAUGAUAAGUCAAUGAACCACCGAUUUAGUCCAAUUUAUUUUCGGAUGGCAUUUUCAUAAUUUUUUAGGCUAUGAGAGGCCAUUUUCUUUGGAUAUGAAGGUUACAGAUCACGGAUUCAGCCUGAGGCUAUUCUCCAACGACGAUUGAGUCCAUUAAGCACCGAUUUGGGCGGAUUUAUUCCGGGUUUAUUUUUGGCAUAUUUCAAAGCGGUACCAUCACAGAUUUCGGGCGAUUUAUCUGAAAUGCCACUUUGUUUCGAUUCUGGAGGCUACAGAUCAUGGAAUCAAGCCGAGGCUAUUCUCCACCGAUAAUGAAGUCUAUUCGAUGUUAUUCUCCACGGAUGAUAAAUCCAUUAAUCACCGAUUUGGGCGAAUUUAUUUUCUAAUAGCAUUUUCGUAACUUUUUGGGCGACGAAAGGCCAUUUACUUUGGAUAUUGAAGGGUACAGAUCACGGAUUCAGCCUGAGGCUAUUCUCCAACGAUGAUUGAGUCCAUUAAGCACCGAUUUAGGCGGAUUUAUUCAGGGUCAAUUUUUGGCAGAUUCUAAAGGGGUACCAUCAUAGAUUUAAGGCGAUUUAUCCGAAAUGCCAUUUUCUUUUGAUUCUAGAGGCUACAGAUCAAGGAAUCAGGCUGAGGCUAUUCUCCAUCGUUAAUGAAGUCUAUUGAUCCAAUUCUCCACGGAUGAUAAGUCCAUUAAGCACCGAUUUGGGGCAAUUUAUUUUUGGAUGACAUUUUUGUAAUUUUUUGGGCGACGAAAAGCCAUUUUCAUUGGAUAUUGAAAGAUACAAAUCAUAGAUUCGGCCUGAGGCUAUUCUCCAACGAUGAUUAAGUUCAUUAAGCACCGUUUUGGGGGGAUUUAUUUCAAGUCAAGUUUUGGCAGAUUCCAUAGGGGUACCAUCACAGAUUUCAGGCAAUUUAUCCGAAAUGCCAUUUUAUUACGAUUCUGGAGGCUACAGAUCACGGAAUCAGGACGAGGCAAUUCACAACCGAUAAUGAAGUCUAUUGAUCCUAUUCUCCAUGGAUGAUAAGUCCAUUAAGCACAGAUUUGGGCCAAUUUAUUUUCGGAUGAUAUUUUUGUAAUUUUUUGGGCGUCAAAAUGCCAUUUUAUUUUGAUAUUGAAGGCUAUAGAUAACGAAUUCGGCCUAAGGCUAUUCUUUAACGAUGAUUGAAUCCAUUAAGCACCGAUUUGGGCGGAUUUAUUCGGGGCCAAUUUUUGGCAGAUUCCAAAGGGGUACCAACACAGAUUUCAGGCUAUUUAUCUGAAAUGCCAUUUUCUUUCGAUUUAGGAAGCUACAGAACACGGAAUCAUGUCAAGGCUAUUCUCCACCGAUAAUGAAGUCAAUUGAUCCUAUUCUUCACGGAUGGUAAGUCCAUUAAGCCCCAAUUUGGCCAAUUUAUUUUCGGUUGGCAUUUUCGUAAUUAUUUGGACAACGAAAUGCCAUUUUCUUUUGAUAUUGAAGGCUACAGAACACGGAUUCGACCUGAGGCUAUUCUCCAACGAUGAUUUAGUCCAAUAAGCACUGAUUUGGGCGGAUUUAUUCUGGGUCAAUUUUUGACAGAAUCCAAUUGGUUACCAUCACAGAUUUCGGGCGAUUUAUCUGAAAUGCCAUUUUCAUUCGAUUCUGUAGGCUACAGAACACGGAAUGAGGCCGAGAAUAUUCUCCACCGAUAAUAAAGUUUAUUAAUCCUAUUCUCCACGGAUGAUAAGUCAAUUAAGCACCGAUUUGGUCCAAUUUAUUUUCGGAUGACAUUUUCAUAAUUUUUUAGGCGAUGAGAGGCCAUUUUCUUUGGAUAUGAAGGUUACAGAUCACGGAUUCAGCCUGAGGCUAUUCUCCAACGACGAUUGAGUCCAUUAAGCACCGAUUUGGGCGGAUUUAUUCCGGGUCAAUUUUUGGCAGAUUUCAAAGCGGUACCAUCACAGAUUUCGGGCGAUUUAUCCGAAAUGCCAUUUUCUUUGGAUUCUGGAGGCUACAGAACACGGAAUCAGGCCGAGGCUAUUCUCCACCGAUAAUAAAGUUUAUUAAUCCUA